AUGUUUGACCAUACGUACGAAGAAGACGGUUCAAUGGGGAAAGGUGGUUCCUCUGGCUCCAGCAUCUCUGUGAACACUUUGCUUGAACAUCUUCACACACUAAAAGCUCAAGCUGACUCUUGCCUACGAGAAGGUCAAGACGCGGAAAUUACUAUUCGUCAAUUCCCAACAAAUUUUGAGCCCGAAGACUUUAUUGAAACUGUCACGGAAUUGAAUACUACGUCAACGGACAUUAUUACAUGGUGCGAAGAGGAGUGUGAUUGGUGCCUGGGCCUCAUUCAAAGUGAAGGUUUUGGCGUCAUAUUCCCUGGGAAGCAUGCCAAGGAGCUCCGUACUGCUCUGUCUGAACUGUCCAGUCAACUACAAGACAGAAGAGUGAAGAUGAGGGAGGCAAAGGGUAGAGCUAUAGAAGGGGGUAACAACACUACGGAGGAGAUCAUAGUGGUAGAACACGUAGAAAAGCUGCCCAGUGACGCUGGAGCGAGUCCAUCUGCUUUGUUAGCCGAUAGGACCGGCCCGCGACGACCGAAGCGUCACUACAGUAUGAUUAUGACCCCUUCCGCCAAUAAUAUGACGCCUCUCCGCACUCCGUUUGAAUGA